UUUUUAAACGUAGUGUAGUAUAAUAGUCAAUGAAUGGGAUUUCCUACGUUACGAGGUGUAUUUGGGAGAAUGUGUAACCUUGACAUGUUGCACAAUGUUAACAUAUAUUAAACUUGGUAUGGAGGAGUGAAGAGUGAUAAUUUGCAAUUAUAUUAUCGCCGUAUACUUCUUUUGUGAAACCAGUGGCAAGGAUGACGAGUAUCCACAGCGCGUAUAAAGACGACAUCCACGACGUACCGAUGUCGGUCAUCAUACGACCUUUCAUGCCAGAGUUGGACGAGAAAAAGGUCGAGUCCUUAAUGACAACGAUACAGAAAGAAGAAGAGCAGGGGAACGUACCGCCGAUAGACAUACUGUGGAUAACGGGCAGUCAAGGCGGGGACUACUUCUACAGUUUCGGGGGCUGCCACCGCUUCGCCGCCUACAAGCGUCUCAACCGCCCCACCAUCCCCGCCAAGCUCGUGCGCUCCACCAUAUCGGACUUGCGCACUUACUUGGGCAGCAGCACGCCGGACCUCAAAUAAUAGAACUACGUAACGCUUGCCUCGAACCUUGCGUGGUAAGAUGAUAAAAGUUCAACCUUUUCAGCAAAGACAGAUGUUUAUUUAUUUAUUUAUCAACUUACAGGGGUUUCCCUAAUUCACUCGUAGACUAUUUAUGACAUUUUGUUGCUUUCUAUUUUUGCAUACAACCAUACAAUGUAUAUAGUAUAAUAUAUAGUCCACCAAUCCGCACUGGGCCAGCGUGGUGGACAUACGACCUGUGCCCUGAAGUUGACCGGUAAUGGGUUGAUAUUAUGAUAUUUUGUAUUAUGUUUUCUGUUACUAGGUUACAGGUAGAGACACUCGUACUACGAAUAAAAUUAUUGGUAUUAUGUUUUUUACUUUAAGUAAGUUUAUGUUCGGCCAAAAAUUAAGGCAACUCCACAUCAUCGUUAGAUUCUUAACAGUCUGAUCUUUGAACUUCAUCUUGAAGAUGGUACCUAAUAAUGAUAAGUUCAAAAAAAUAAAUGCAAAUUGAAUUGAAGGAACACUGCAUCACUUUGGCACGUCUUUGGUGGCAGCCUGGCUAUCCACAGCCAAAGCCCCUCAGAUCAGAUCUGAGAGAAUUGCAAACUGCUUCGUAAGUCUGAUCGAAGUAAACUUCAGUGAUGUAAGUUUUAUGUAAGACAAUUAGUUUUGUCUCGACUCUUGUUUUUGAAUGUUUCUGUCCGUAGCAAGGUUUAGGUAUAGGUUUAAAUAUCUAUGCUUUUUAGAUCUCAGCCUAAAACUUCGCCUCGCCCUGUAAAAUAAUAAUGUAAAGAAGACACUUUUUUUAGGGAAUUUUUAUAAUUAAAUGCGUUUACGUUGAAUUGUUAUAGGAUAACGAACAUAGUAAGUUAAGUUUAAAAAUUAUUAAACAGAUUGUUAUU